GGUCGACCGGGCAAUACACGUUGGCGCGCAUAUACUCCGUUUUAAAUGUAGUUUAAAUCUGUAGGGAUGCGGUUAACAAUUUACCAUACGUUUUAAUAGAAGUAAACACUUGGUAGACAAGUCCAGGGUUUCUGACCUGGCUCUGGCACUGUGAAUUGUGGUAAUAACACGGCCAGAGAGUAUUAUAACUCUGUGUAACUGUGGAAUUUGUGCAAUACGGCCAGGGACAGGGCUGGCCAACUGUGUAUUAUCAUAUCCGAUCAAUUCUGGCGAAGCAGCGCGAGAACGUGGUGCUUAUGUUUAUGGUUUGUUAGGCAGGUGUUAGGUUAGGUACUUUACUUCGUCACGAGAUGAGCGUAUUUUUUUUUUUUAAUUUUUAGAAUGAACAUUUAAAAGAUUCCGGUAGAUUUUCCAAUAAUUUUUUUGUCUACUGGAAUAUCAAUUCAAUAGUGUGUAAUUUUUUUGAAUCUUAUAACAUUAUUAACGAGUGUAAUGGCGAAAACACAAUUUGAAACAUCCGUGUUCGGUAUUCAUUUAGGAAAUACAUCUGCAUGUUUGGCAUCUUAUAAGGAUGGGAAAGCACAAAUAAUUGCAAACGAUGUGGGUGAUCGAAUUACUCCUGCAGUGGUGGCUGUGACAGAUACUGAAAAGGUAGUUGGCACAUCAGCAAAAGCAGGCAUUGCCCGAAACAAUACUUCAACUGUUGUACAUAAUAAGAGGCUGCUUAAUAACAAUGUAGAUGAUGAAACUCUUUCCAACAUUGGAAAUAAGACACCUUACAAGAUAACAAAAGAUGGGAAUGUUCUAAAAUAUAUCUUAAAGCAUGGAGAAAGAACAUUCAGUAUAACACCAGAGUCUGUGGCAGUCUCUAUAUUCACCAAAUUGUUUGGAAAUGUUCGUGAAGAACCUAACUCCAGUCCCCAACCCUCCCUUCAGUCUGCGCCUGCAAGUACAUUCCUAAAUAAAUUAACAAAUGUUUCAGAAAUAGCAAGUAGUUCUGGAAAAUUUGAUAAUGAUUUGAAAGCAGUUUUAUGCUGUCCCUUGAAUUAUCCUCAGUCUAGUCGAUGCACAUUGAUGCGUGCUGCAGAGGAAGCGGGCUUUGAGGUACUUCAGGUUAUUAGUGAACCUGCUGCAACUGCUUUGGCAUACUCAAUUGGUGUCCAGAAUCCAGAAGAAGAGCUAAUGUGUUUGGUGUACAGAGUUGGUGGGGCAACAUUAGAUGUGAGUAUUGUAGAAGAGAGGUCAGGAAUGUAUUCAGUCCGUCAGUCAACACAUUUGCCUGAUCUCGGUGGUGAUCGGUUUACAACUAUGUUAGCUGAAUAUCUGGCUGAAGAAUAUAGAAAGAAAUGCAAACUUGAUCCAUUUGAAAGUAGACGUUCAAUGGCUAAAUUAACAUCUGCUGCAGAAACUUGUAAACAUGUGCUUUCCACAAUGGGCACAGCUCAUUGCUUUGUGGAAUCUUUGUGUGAAGGAGUUGAUUUUAGUUAUAACAUUACAAGGGCUAGAUUUGAAAGUCUCAUAUCACCCAUUAUUCACCAGUAUAUCAAUCCUAUAAAAGAAAUUCUGCAGAAGGCCAAAAUGGAAAACAAAAGAAUUCAGAAGGUGCUACUUAGUGGUGGAUGCGUAAAAGUCCCCAAAUUACAGCAAGUUCUGCGAGAAGUAUUUCCUAAUGCAGAAUUUGUCAAUAGUCUCAGCCCUGAUGAAGUAAUUGCUAUUGGAGCUGCUAGGCAUGCUAGUUAUUUGUCAAGUGCCAUUGAUACUGAAUGUCAGCAUUUAUGGCGUGAAAUUCCAGCUGUGGCCGCACCCAUAUUUUUUAGGGGUAAUGGCAUUGACGAGCAGUGCAUCAUCCGAGGAAUGACACCAGUUCCUGUUAGAAGAUGUAAAAAAUUUUUUGUGGAACCUGCAGAGGAGGCUUUUGUAGAACUUGUGGAAAUUCCUACAGAUGUGCCGACAACUCGUGGAAUAUUAGGAAAGCUGUCUUUGGGACAAGUACUUACACAAGUUGAAGUUUGUCUGGAAGUUAGUGUGAAUAGUGUUGGCGGACUCAGUGCUGUUCUAACAGAUAGUUCUGGUCAGAAGAAAGCUACCUUAAAACUUGACCCACCACAAGAAUAAAGAAGUUUUUUAACAAAUGAUUCAGCAAUGUGCUCAAUCAAAUAUUCCAUUUAAUAUCAAACAAAAUGAAAAUUCUGUAAAUCAGCUCACUGGAAAAUCAGUAAUGUUAAUUGUUAUGUAUUUUUUUUUUUUUUUUACUGCAAGUAAAUUGCACAAAAAUUGCAGUGAUAUUAAAAUUGAAGGUUGCUCUUACAAAUCAAUAUAUCUGUUUUUCUUAUCGUUUGAACUUUGGAUGAAGAGAGUUAUGAUUCCAGAAAAAUGUUGAAAUAUAUAUAUUCACACAGAAAUUUAAAUGGUUGAAGCUUAACAGUCUAAAAAAUUUACACCUGAAGAAUCAAUAAAUCCACACUAUUUACGCAUUACAUUCAUUUCUCUGUGACAAAAUAUGCAAAUCAGUUCUUUUCUCAGGAGAAUUAUUUUGUCAUAUAUACCCUCAGUUUAGGAAUGGUGCUCCUGUCCUACUGUUGGAUAGUAAAGUAGUAUUCCUUCUCGUGAUGAAGUGUUCCUGCUGGUGCCAUCUUCUAGUCAGUUUGUGUCUAUCCCUCUGGCCAUUCAGUC